AUGGGAAGCAUGAAUAACAAAUCCAGAGUCCUGGGUCCCCACCACAACCCUCCAUGCACGCGAACCCACCAUAUUGGCUCCCUAGCCCUCGUCGCCACUACCUUCUUCCUCACCAGACUCUUCAACCAAUCCUCAGUCAUGACUAGUUCCUGCAACUUAUCCUCCACCAUCGAUCAGGUUCACAGAUCCCAAGACCUCCUUGGCUUCAGCGAUGGCGGCAGCGGCUCUAUUCGGUGGCCCCACCGAGGGUACGGGACCCAACUCUCCCUCAAGAUCUACGUCUACGAUGAGCUCGAGGUGGAAGGCCUCACGCCAUUGUUGUACGGACGCCGGGGCAGGAUCUCCGCCGAUACCUGCAUCAAAGGCCAGUGGGGCACUCAGGUUAAAAUACACAGGAUGCUUUUACAGUCAAGAUUUCGGACAACAAAGAAAGAGGAAGCAGAUCUCUUCUUCCUGCCAACUUACGUUAAAUGUGUCCAUAUGAUGGGUGGUCUGAAUAAUGAAGAGAUUAACCAGACUUUUGUGAAGGUUCUGAGUCAAAUGCCGUAUUUCAGGCUAUCUGGUGGCCGCAAUCACAUCUUUGUUUUCCUGAGUGGUGCUGGAGCGACCUUCUUUAGAUCCUGGGCUACAUACUUGAACCGUUCCAUAUUUCUUACUCCUGAGGGGGACCGCACAGAUAAGCGAGACACUAGUGCCUUUAAUACAUGGAAAGAUAUCAUCAUUCCUGGGAAUGUUGAUGAUGGGAUGACUAGUCGUGGGGCUGGGCUGGUCCAGCCUUUACCUUUAUCUAAGAGGAAGUAUUUGGCAAACUUCUUAGGUCGAGCACAAGGAAAGGUUGGUCGUCUUCAAUUGGUGGAGCUUGGUAAGCAAUACCCAAAUAAGUUGGAAUCUCCAGAGUUGAAGUUCAGUGGCCCUGAUAAAUUGGGAAGGAGAGAAUAUUUUGAGCACCUCCGCAAUGCCAAGUUCUGCCUGGCUCCACGUGGCGAGUCAUCGUGGACUCUUCGCUUUUAUGAGUCUUUCUUUGUGGAGUGUGUCCCAGUGAUCAUAUCAGAUUAUGUGGAGUUGCCUUUUCAGAAUGUUAUUGACUACACCCAGAUAUCAAUCAAAUGGCCAUGGAAUCGUAUUGGUCCUGAACUUCUGGAGUACCUAGAAUCAAUACCAGAUGAGGACAUAGAGAAGAUGAUUGCCCAUGGCAGACAAGUUAGAUGCUUAUGGGUUUAUGCUCCUGAAUCAGAGCCCUGCUCGGCAUUUAACGGAAUCCUGUGGGAACUUCAGAGGAAAGUGAGGCAAUUCCAUCAGUCAGCAGAAACAUUCUGGCUGCACAAUGGCUCUAUAGUAAAUAGAAACUUGCAAGAAUUUAGUAACUGGAAGCCUCCCAUGCCUUUGCCUUGAGUUCGCACACAAUGCAUUGCUCUUGAAUUUGAUUUAUUUAUUUAUAAUUUUUUUUCUACCCCAUUUUUCUAAGGGUAUGGCUUCUGUCCAGUCUGGGAUCGGACUGGACCGUGUUAUUGGGCCUGUGGGGG